CUUUGGAGAGCCUUUUAUUUGAGGUUACAUUUGGUUUAUUGAUCACGAAAAUGGAGGUCUGGAUCUUCGUCUUUAUCUCCAUCUCUGUUGCUACUCUCCUUAUAUCUCUUUCCCAUGUAGUCUUCCCAAAACCAAGGCUUCCGCCGGGUCCUAUUAGGGUUCCACUGAUCGGCAACUUCAUAUGGUUUGGCAUAUCGUUCUCAGACGUCGAGUCCACCCUCCGAAACGUACAUGAUAAAUACGGCCCGAUCAUCGCCCUUCAAUUCGGCUCUCGCCUCGCGGUCUUCAUCUCCACCAACUCCCUCGCCCACCAAGCUCUAAUCCAAAAUGGUGCCAUAUUCUCUGAUCGGCCUCAUUCCCAGCCUACCUAUGCAGUCAUCAGCAGAAAUGGACAUAACGUUAGUUGUGCUCACUAUGGCCCAACCUGGCGGCUCCUUCGCCGCAACCUCACCUUAGAAAUCCUCCAUCCCUCACGCAUCAGAUUGUACUCCCAUGCUCGCAAGUGGGCGUUGGAAAUUCUAAAGUCUCGGCUUCAAUGCCACUCGGAAUCUGUUCCGGUGAUGGAUCACUUCCUGUAUACCAUGUUUUGCUUACUGGUUUUCAUGUGUUUUGGUUGCAAGCUUGAUGAAGGCCAUAUCCAAGAAAUUGGAAGCGUAGUGCAUAGACUUACGGCAAGUUUCAUUAGCUUCCAGCCACUCAAUUUCUGGCCAAUGGUGGGAAAAAUACUGUUUCGCAAGCGUUGGAGGGAGUUCUUACAGAUUUGCAAAGAUGAGGAAGAAGUACUGAUCCCUCUCAUAAGAGGCAGACAAAGGCUUAACCAUGACAUGCAAAGAAAACAAAAACAAGACAGUAACGAUUUGUCUUCCUCCUCAAAGGACUAUUUCAUUUCGUAUGUUGAUACAUUGCUGGAUCUGCAGCUGCCAGAUGAGAAGAGGAAACUUAAUGAAGGAGAGAUAGUGAGUUUAUGUUCCGAGUUUCUCGGUGCUGGGACUGAUACUACAUCAACAGCCCUGCAGUGGAUCAUGGCAAACCUGGUGAAGUACCCGCAUAUUCAGGUCAAGCUAUUUGAGGAAAUAAUGGGGGUUGUGGGGGUAGGAGAGAAAGAGGUGAAGGAGGAAGAUUUGCAGAAGAUGCCAUACUUGAAGGCAGUGAUCUUGGAAGGUCUGAGACGUCAUCCUCCGGGACACUUUGUGAGCCCUCACUCAGUGACCCAAGAUGUAGUCUUAGAUGGGUAUAUAAUACCCAAGAAUACUAUUGUGAAUUUCAUGGUAGCAGAGAUAGGUAGGAACCCAAAUGUUUGGGAAGAUCCAAUGGAAUUCAAGCCUGAGAGGUUCUUGAAUAAAAAUGGUGAUGGGGAUGGAGGCGAAGUAUUUGAUAUAACCGGGAGCAGUGAGAUCAAAAUGAUGCCAUUUGGUGCAGGGAGGAGGAUGUGUCCUGGUUAUGGUCUAGCCAUGCUGCAUUUGGAGUAUUUUGUGGCGAAUUUGGUGUGGAGUUUUGAAUGGAAGGCUGUAGAGGGAGAUGAAGUUGAUCUAUCAGAGAAGCAGGAGCUCUCAACAGUGAUGAAGAAUCCACUGAAGGCUCGCCUAUCUCCAAGAGAUUGAAAUAAGAUGUGGCUUGUAUCUUCAUUGUUAGCUUUGUGCCUUUAAUUUCCUUUUUUUUUUUUUUUCUCCUCUUGUGUGCAGUAUGUAAGUGGCAUUAUGAUGUAUUUUUCUAUUAGUAAAAGACAUUUUGCUUUAUGUUAGCACAAA